AAUAGAUAACCGAAUUAAAACAGGACAACUGCAGAGUAUACUGUUCGCAACCUUCCAAUUUUGGCAUGGUUAAAUAAAUAAGAACAUUCAUCAACUGACUUUCACACAUUAUGGCAACAUCCAAAUUUGUAUCUAUAUCAUACAUGCACCAGUUGUCUACAAAGGAUUACUUAGCAGAUAGUGAUAUUGAGCAAUCUUCUCCAGAAUUCCAUUCAGUACUGCAUCACGCUGUAUUAAAAGGCGAUGUUGAUGCGUGUAUUACGGAGGCAAAGAACUGUGAAAAUAUUAAUGCUGGGGACUUAAGAGGUGAUUCAGCCCUUCAUUUAGCUGUGCGUUGGGUAGAUCAAAUAGGUGAAAAGUUGAUCAGCACUUUGGUUUCCUCAGGUGCUGACAUAAACAGAAAGAACAAAUGGGGUCAAACCCCUCUUCAUCACGCUGUUUACUCUGGGUCCUCUCGCAAUGUUCGAUGUCUUCUAAGUCGGACAGGUAUUGAUGUAAAUUUAGCAGAUGUGAAUGGGUAUACUCCCCUUCACUGUUGUUUUAGAUUUAAGUUAGACAUGGAAAAUAUUGAAGACAGCGAGCGGUAUUCUCUGGAAGAAGGUGACGAAUGUCUUGAUAUUGUCAAAAUGUUGAUACAUGGAGGUGCAAAUAUUAACAAAGUAACAAAAUAUGGAAGCAGUAUUCUCCAUUUCAUUGCAAGACGGGAUGAUAAUACACCACUUUUAAGAUUCAUCUUGGAAAUGCACUUGGGGUUCAAUUUGUUUUUGAAAAACACAAUAGGUGAAAAUUUUCUACAUGUGUAUGUUGUGAGUGAAGUAUUCGAAAACGUCAUCGAAAUCGUUGAAUUUAUUGCAGCGAAUUACUGCAGGGACACUGUGAAGAGAUUGCUUAACGACGAAGAUAUAUUUGGAAGAGCGCCUUGGUCGUACAUGAUAGAUACAGCAAAUAUUGAUAGGGAUACUGUGCUAAGAUUUUCAGAAUUUGGAAUUGAUUUGAUGUCAGCAGACAGGAUGAGAAACACACCAUUACACAGAUUAGCAGGGGUGUCAUGUGUUUCUGUUUUAACUGAUGUGUUGGAAAUACUAACGUAUGGGAAUACUAAAGUUAAUUCGAGGAAUGUUUACGGGGAGUCAGCUGCCUUUGUCUUCUUCCUCGAAGACGUUUAUCAAACGUUUGUAGAUACCAAUAUAAACUUCAGUGCCAGAGACAGGUGGGGGAGGACUCCCCUGAUGUCUUUAAUCAAACACAGACCCAAACCGGAACUGCUCAGUAGACUUAUCAUUGAAGGGAAGGCCGAUGUUAAUGCUGCAGAUGAACAUGGAUCCACACCACUUCAUUUGGCUUGUUAUCACAAUUUCGAAGAACAAGUGAAGCUACUUUUACAUCACGGAGCCAAUGUUUCAGCUGUAGACAGUUUGAAUGACACACCUAUUGAUACUGUAAAACGACACACUAGUUAUCGAUGUCACAAACUCUUGUUACACAAGGUGAAUCAGGAACUUCUUUAUUCACGCAACAAACCUUUCGAGGACAUUCUUCUCGACAUGCCAAAAUACAUAUGUAGUUCAGUUAUCAAAUCGAAAGAAAGUAUAGCAAAUGCAAUGGGUCUUCCAGAAGACCGCUCUGAACUAUUUGAAUUUUUAAUGAACACUUAUCAUAAAAGAACACCAGAAAGUGCUAUGGAAGUUUCUCAAGUUUCUCAAGAAGUUGUACAACUUGUAAACUCUUUAUGUAAAUCCGUGGCAUCAUAUGAUAGACGAUUUAACAUGUCUGUUUUUCGAACUGGAUCUUCCGAGGAAGGAACGAAGGUCGGUCCUCCGGAUGAAUUUGAUUUUGCCCUAUGUAUUAAUGAUUUGAGGGAUAUCACGCAUGUAGUUAUGACAGAAGAAUGCGUCGAAAGGGGGUUUGCAUGCCUCAAAUUUUCACAAAACCCUAUUCCCGAGGAUUAUUUACCAUUUGCAGAUUCUGAAGAAUAUUUUCUUGCGUUUCCUUUUCUCAAAUUGUAUUAUACAUAUUUGAAGAGAGCUUUGAACGAAACAGCCACAUGGACUGCUGGAAAUAUUUAUUUCAAUUACGAAGAUAAAAUGGAUGUCAUAAAUGGAAAGCCAGUUUUCAAUUUUGCAGUUUAUUGGAUAGGAGCAGUAUACAAGCAACUCAAAAUUAGCAUUGAUUUGGUUCCUGUCGUGUACACACCUGGAUGGUGGCCCAAAAAUGUUAAAUUUCCCACAGUCCCAGAAAUGCACGAAGAGGUUCAGAAUGCGGGUUGCUUUCUUGUUCUACAGACAAAGGUGAAUGAUUUCAAUACAAAUAAUCUCAUUGUAUGGGAUGACAUUUACGAGACAUGCAACAAUAGAAACAACGAGAACAAGAGAAGAAUGCUUCGCGUGUCAGCCGCUCCUGCUGAGAUAGCACUAAUGAAAAAUAUACCAAACACAUUCAAAUCCGCCUAUAUUCUGGCUAAAAUUGUGAAAAGUCAAGAAGUGUGUCCAAAAAUUGAAAUCAACGAAAUUUCUUCGACAGCUCUUAUGCAUCGUAGAGCAUUUGAUAUGAGAAAACCCCUCCCAAUCAACCCAUCUCAUGUGAUUAAAAGCUACAUGCUUAAAAACUGCACGUUUUACCUCUGGCUAGAAAUGUAUCCAGCUUCCGAAGAAAAAGAACUGACUAGCAUAGACCUUACUGGUCGUCUCUACCAAUACCUUUUGGAAUUCACGAACGACCGCUAUCUAAAUCCCUUCUUUCUUCCUUACUCUGACGUUUUCGAAUUUGAAAAAGAUGAAACGACGUCAUCAUACCAGAAACUUUUGCUCCACAUGAAAAGGGAAUUCAGUAUAAAGACAAUUCUAGGUAUCCUAAAGCAAGAUUUCGAAGAGAAAUACUUAUUUUCACCAAUGUAAUUUGACAAAUAAUUAAAUGCCAGAGAAAUAAUUGACCCAUAUGUAUUCUAUGGCCAAUCAAUACAUAUAUAUAUAAUGUAAUAUAAUUAUUAUAUGUUUAUUUUUAGUUAUUUUAAAUGUAAAUGCUCUAUCAAGGUGUUUCUUUUACCUGUGUUGCUUUGAAUGUUUGAUUAGUUCAGUCUGAAACUGUAGGUGAAUUAUUUGUAACAGAUAUACCCUGCGAAUCUUUGAUACAUGUUAAUCAUCGUCAAUAUCAAAAGGUGAAGAUAUAAUUCUUAAAAUUAUACAGAUGUUUUUAAAUAUUUUAUAUAAAGAAAAGGCACAGUAAUGUAUCUCUCAUAUUAAACAUACCACAUAUCUUUAGUUAGUCAUAUAGGUAAGGAAAAAACCCAGAACAGUACCUGUAGUAUAUUAAUCAACGCGUUUUGUGUAUGUUUGUUUACCUGUAGUAUAUAUGUAAUGUAUAAAUGCCUUAAUCAACACGUUUUGUGUAUGGUUGUUCACCUGUAGUAUAUAUGUAAUGUAUAAAUGCCUCAAUCAACGCGUUUUGUGUAUGGUUGUUUACCUGUAGUAUAUAUGUAAUGUAUAAAUGCCUUAAUCAACGCGUUUUGUGUAUGGUUGUUUACCUGUAGUAUAUAUGUAAUGUAUAAAUGCCUCAAUCAACGCGUUUUGUGUAUGGUUGUUUACCUGUAGUAUAUAUGUAAUGUAUAAAUGCCUCAAUCAACGCGUUUUGUGUAUGGUUGUUUACCUGUAGUAUAUAUGUAAUGUAUAAAUGCCUCAAUCAACGCGUUUUGUGUAUGGUUGUUUACCUGUAGUAUAUAUGUAAUGUAUAAAUGCCUCAAUCAACGCGUUUUGUGUAUGGUUGUUUACCUGUAGUAUAUAUGUAAUGUAUAAAUGCCUUAAUCAACGCGUUUUGUGUAUGGUUGUUUACCUGUAGUAUAUAUGUAAUGUAUAAAUGCCUCAAUCAACGCGUUUUGUGUAUGGUUGUUUACCUGUAGUAUAUAUGUAAUGUAUAAAUGCCUUAAUCAACGCGUUUUGUGUAUGGUUGUUUACCUGUAGUAUAUAUGUAAUGUAUAAAUGCCUCAAUCAACACGUUUUGUGUAUGGUUGUUUACCUGUAGUAUAUAUGUAAUGUAUAAAUGCCUUAAUCAACGCGUUUUGUGUAUGGUUGUUUACCUGUAGUAUAUAUGUAAUGUAUAAAUGCCUUAAUCAACAUGUUUUGUGUAUGGUUGUUUACCUGUAGUAUAUAUGUAAUAUAUAAAUGCCUUAAUCAACAUGUUUUGUGUAUGUUUGUUUACCUGUAGUAUAUAUGUAAUGUGUAAAUAUCUUAAUCAACAUGAUUUGUGUAUGGUUGUUUACCUGUAGUAUAUAUGUAAUGUAUAAAUGCCUCAAUCAACACGUUUUGUGUUUGUUUACCUGCAGUAUAUAUGUAAUGUAUGAAUAUUUUGUUUGUACGCCUAUAUUGUUUUACGUCUGAUUUGAACAGGUUUCAUAAUUUAGAAAAGUCAUGAGCUUUGAAUGAAGCACAAAAUAUGUUGAUCUCUGACUGGUGCUUAAGGCCCUGGCAGCGGUGGGUUUUUUUAUCAUACCAAAACCUUCAUUUGCUUGACAUGUCUAUUCUAAAGGUCAUAUUCGAAAGUCCUAAAUGGAUUUCCGAACAUUUUGUUUAUAAAUCAAAUGAAAUGUCAUAACAUGGCAUGGGGUUUUGGGUGAAUUGGCUUAUAAUUAUAUUCCAAAUGAAUUUGAAAUAUAUGUCAUGUUCUGGGGUUUAUCCCUAAGACAAGUAAUUACUUUACCAAUUGAAAUAUAAUGUAGCUAUGCGUGUUACUUCCCAACUGUGUCGUAAAUGAAAUUGCCUAUCAUCAAGUAAAACAUUUACGUACUUUUGCAUGGAUAGAAAACUUAAGUAGAAUUGGCUAUGUGACAAUCAGGAAACGUUCAUUAAAUCAUUUUUUUGUAAAUAAAUAUGCCUCGAAAAAUUAUUGUGAUUUUGUACAAUUUCCUUUUAUGUUAAAAUCACAAAGUAUGCAGGACAUACAUGAUGAUUUUACAAGGAGAAUCCUCAUGGACCAACACGUUUUCGCUGUGUAUAUAUAUACACAUUUCCCUAUUUAUUGCAUAUUAAGAACUUUUUUAUCUAUCAUUCAAUUGCAUAUUUUGUAAAGUCCCAAUUCGAGGUAAGAUUACCUCCCUCUCUCUCUCUCUCUCUCUCUCUCUCUCUCUCUCUUGAUAUCUUGAUAUAUUUUCCCUUUAUACACCCCAGCUAGCAUAGAGACUAGGAUCUUAAGUGAUAAGUAAGAUUUACCUGCAUUGAUUUUAAAUCGUUUGAACAUGCAUGUAUAUAUAUUUGUAGGAAGGAAGAGGUAAAUGCCGUAUUAUACAGUCUGUGCUAUGUGUAUGCUAUAUAUCACAAUAAUGACCAAUGAUGGU